GUUUCCUCGCAGUCACCCGUUACCGCUUAAGAGAGCGAGAGCGAGAGCGAGAGCGAAAUCCCCUUUUCUUCGAGUCGAUUUCCGGAAAGCAUGGAUACUCAAGCUAAGCUUGCAGUUGUGGUGAAGGUGAUGGGCCGGACUGGAUCAAGAGGUCAGGUUACCCAGGUUAGGGUUAAGUUUCUGGACGACCAAAACCGGCUGAUCAUGAGGAACGUGAAGGGCCCGGUGAGGGAAGGCGAUAUCCUUACCCUUCUUGAAUCCGAAAGGGAGGCAAGGAGAUUGCGCUGAUGAAACUCCAUGGCAUGUCUUGCCGAACCAGGUAGUGUAUUUCUAUUUGGCUACAGAUUUGGUUUCAAGCUACAGACUUGGUUUAUGUUUAUGUGGUUUUAGCUAUUUCAGUUGUCUCAUGUGAGACUGCUUAGAACACAUUAUGUUGAAAACUUGAUUAUCUGCUUUAUGUUCAAUUUUCUUGUGAACCGUUAAUGUUUUA